UCUUUUCAUAAGCAAGGCUGCAGAAUUUUCAAAGAACACGAUAUGUAACAAUCAACAUCUCUAAGUGAACUUAAGCUACAGCUCCUGCCUGUGGAAGGUGGAGCUAAGGAGUUUUUUUCAUGACUCAUGUAGAAAGCACACAUCUCCUGAAAAACACUGGCAGCAGUAAUAUGGCUUUCAGAGUUUCCCCCUGUGUCUCAUAAGCAUGGCGGGCUGCCAGGCUUUACUUGAGUCCCGGCCGGGAUAAGCGUGUGACAAUGUAUUGUUUGCUAACAAAUGAAGGCAAACAUCGAGCUGGAGGCAGACUACCGACCAAUCACGAUGCAAAUUUGUGGCACAUUUACUAACAUAUCAAGCAUCACAAUAAUAGAAGGAGCUGAGUUGCACUCUGAGCUGCAGGAUGUGGGUGGAGGUCCGGACACACAUGGAGGAUCAUGGGACUGCUAACGGUCACUGCUGAGAAUGAAGACAUGGAGUGGUUAAAUAGUAUAACCAGUCACACACACAGAAGAAGGACACAUAUCAGUGUGUGAAACUCAGGCAGGCAGCAGCUGGAACAAAGCUUAACAUGCAGAAUGAUGCAGAGCUUAAACAGACUAACUGGUGAGGUAAAGAUAGAAAUGUUACCAAACAGUACUAAUGGAAGUCAAGAGGUUACACCGUGCAGCAGAGACGGCGACAACAGGCUGGGAGCUCAGCUGUCCAUCCUUUACUACUUCAUGUUCAUCUUCAGUCUGCUUGGCAACGGGCUUGUUCUGUUCAUCAUCUACCGCUUCGAGAAGCUGAUCACUGUGACCAACAUCUUGCUGCUGAACCUGGUGGCGUCCUCCCUCAUCUUCAUGAGCAGCCUUCCCAUUGUGGCCGUCUACAUGCAGAUGUCUGAAUGGAUUUUUGGCUCAGCUAUGUGCAAGAUCGUCUUCAGUGCCUACUACCUGGGCUUCUACAGCUCAGUUUUCUUUUUAACUCUGCUGAUGUUUGACCAACACCUGGCUGUUGUGUAUUCACUGCCUGCUGCUCAUGUGAGGAAUCGACGUUACGCAGUCAUUUCCUGUGUGGUGGUGUGGCUGGUGAGUGGUUUGGCUUGCAUCAGGCCGAUGCUUUCCCUCAACACUUUCACAUAUUUAAACAGUUCAAUGCAUUGUGAUUAUUAUCCCAUUGAACUCCCGAAUUUGGAUGUAGUGGUAACUACUGGAUUUUAUAUCCAGCUUUUUGUGUUCUUCAUCCUCCCUCUGGCUGCUAUUAUCUACUGCAACGUCAGGAUCACAAUCACUGUCAUAUCAACAAGAAUAGCUUCUAAAUUUAAGACAGUCAGGCUGGUCUUAGUCAUCAUACUGCUGUGUUUUAUCUGCUGUACUCCAUUCAGUAUUGUUGUAGUGCUUCUGGAACAUGAACCCAAUAGCUGUGAGGAAUCACAGAAACUCGGUUACGCCCUUCAGAUCACUCGUAACAUGGCGUACUUUUACUUUUGCAUCAGUCCUUUCUUCUACACGUUGCUAGGGGCGAAAUUCCAAGAUCGUGUCAGACUGUUGUUGGUGAAAUGUUUCCCACGAAUGAAAACAGACAUUUCUCUGGCUGAAUGCAGCCCAGCUACCCUGCCAACAAAAAAUCCAACAAAAGACGAAACCUUGAUCAGCAAUGAGUAAGUUUUAGGGUCGACCACUGUGUCCCACCAAUCAGUAGCUCUAUAACAGGAGAGUUUCUGACCAGGUUCCUAAAAUUAGAAGCCUGUAUGUCAACAGCUCAGCUGCAGUGGACCCAGAUCAAAUGCAAAAAGCUAAUGUAAACAAGAACAAGAUGGUGGACAGAAAAAAUGCCUAACCACUGUACAUCUGUAUAAUUUCUGUGGUUUUGUUUGCUGUAAAGGUUCAGUAGGUUAUGGUCAUCUGGUUUUAUUUCACUGAUUUCAAAGACAAGCUCUAGCUUUCUGGUUGAUCUCGAGUGUUAUGCCAUUUAUUUUGUAAAGUGCACCAGUCUCCCCAGCAGCAAAACACGAUUCUGCCAAGCCUGUACUUUAAAGUUGGGAUUAUGUUCCCAGGCUUGGAAGCUUGCCUCUUUAUUUUCCAAGUAUAAUGAAUGUUAUCUCAUUAUCCUUUCUAUUUUAGUUUCAUCACUCAAUCGUUUUGUUCAUUUUCAUCUGUUACCUGGUUUAUAAUGUUACAAGUAAGCCUAUCACGACAAGCAAUUCAAAUUAAAAUGAGCUCUGUAAUUUUCAUUCUGUUGAUUAACAUUUUUAGGAGGGACAAUUUGUUUACAGAGAUUUUGUAAUUCAUUUUAUUUAUGGCUUCUGUUGUGUGUGUGUUCUUAUUUCAGUUUGCUUUUUGUUUCUGGUCGUGCUUCAUUUUGGCUAUUUAAAACCUCUUCAGUUCCAGUGUUAAGCGUUCUGUACAAAAUUAAUCCUUAACUGGUCUUGAGAGAGCAAACUUGCAUUGUUUUGACAUUAUCAAUAUAUUGUUUAAAAAUCGUCAACAAUAAGAGAGCAAUGUUAUAGUUUCUUACCAUACUUACUGGGGCGAUUUAUCAUACAGCAAAAUUUGUUAUGGUGACAGGACCAGUUAAAAGUGCUGUCUACCUUGCAGCGUGGCCUUUCAGCAUAUGUUGCUACAGAUCUUGUAUCAGGGUGAAAAGGUUGUCUUCAUACCAGCUGCAGAUUGUUAGGUUAGAUUGUGAGGAUGAUUCACACAUUUCACUCCAAAACAUGUUAAUAUAUGAAACACAGAACCUGAUUGCUGGACAUUCCCAUGCUGUGUUUUACUUCUAGUUACAUAGCCUUACAUGCAACAUUUACACGGAUAAACAUGGCACCUUCAGGUAUCUGGAAAUUGGACCUAAAGAUGAACCAAACAUGUGGUUUUUCAGUAAACUGAUAAAAAAGUUUUCCAUAAUGUUCCAGGAGGAAGAAGUAGGUUUUAUUUGUCGCCUUAAAAAUGCAUCCUCAGGUAUGCUUCCAUUUAACUCAGAUGUUGUAAAUUAACUUAAUGCAUAAUUAAUUUAUGUACAAUCUCUAAUCAGCAAAUGGCCAUUUCCUUUGGCAUGUAUAUCAUUUAUGUGGUGCAAAUGCAUGUGCACCUUACCUGCAGCUGAGUUGGCAUCGUCUUGGAUCAUCUAUCUCUGCUGUACAAACCUCACAAAGUCAUCAACAUAAUCAAUAUAGAUGUUUUCCUGACACUGUUUAAUUGUUUUAAUGCUUGUUUUAUGUUAUGAUGGUGUAAAUUGUGAAGCACUCUGGUCAAUUGCUGUUUUAAA